AUGGGUGGCAUCAUUCACGUCGUACAGCUCCAGUUCAAGCCGGAUGCUGACCCUAAGAAGAUUGAAGAGAUCCUGGGUCAACUGAAAGCACUGAAGGAUAAGUGCAUUCAUCCCACCACUAAAGCGCCAUACAUCAAGUCCAUCACUGCUGGAGUGGACAACUCAAUCGAGGGACUACAGAACGGCUACACUCACAUGAUCAUCACUGUCUUCGAGAGUGUCGAGGAUCGAAAUUACUAUGCAAAAUCAGACCCGGCACAUUUGGCUGUGGGGGCAGCUCUGGUGCCUCUGGUGAAAGGCCUCCAGGUUCUUGAUAUCGAUGCGUAA